AUGGGGUUUGAUCCUGCAAAAGCUCUGGCUGGAGUUGAUUUGAGAAGCAAGACCAUUUUAGUCACUGGAUCAACAUCAGGUAUUGGCUUCGCCACUGCCCAAAUCCUAGUCCAAAGAGGCGCCAAAGUCUACCUCGGAGCGCGAAACGCGGAGAAGGCAGAGGCAUGUAUCAAGCGGAUUGAAGAUUCCUUGACAAAGUUUCCUGCUUCUGCUAAGGAAACGGAGGAAAAGGGACAAGCGAUAUUUCACCAAGUUGAUCUGGAUGAUCCAAAAGAGGCAAAACAAUCUGCAGAAGCGUUUUUGCAGAGGGAAGAGAGGUUGGACGUACUUAGUAACUGUGCUGCAGCGACAAUCGAGGACUUCCAGAUCGGCGCAAAUGGGAUUCAACACCUCAUGAACGUUAACUACUUCUCCACACUCAUCUUCACAGAGACACUCCUUCCUCUCUUGAAAAAGACUGCAGAGCAACCUGGUUCUGACGUGCGCAUUGUUAAUGUGUCCUCAGACGGACACAAAUUCCUUCCAAACGACCUUCACUUCAAGUCCAAAGACGACUUCAAUGUUAAUUACGGCAACAGUUUCCUGCAAUCAUGGAAGCGGUCUAGCGUUUCAAAUUUGUUGAGGAUCUUGUGGACGAGGGAGCUACAGCGCCGCUUAAUUGAAGAGGGUAGCAGCAUUAUUGCCGUAGCUCUGAGUCCAGGGUCCGUGCAUACUGAAAACACUGACAUGAUAGUAAUUCGCUUGAAAUGGCCUAUAUCUACGUUAUUCUUCGCCCUUGUCCGACUCACCUUCAUGAACGUCCGCGACGGAGCAGGGACGCUCAUCAUCGCCGCCCUGUCUCCCAAAGUGCGAACGGAGGCGGACAAGUACAAGGGUGGAUACCUUACGCCAAUUGGUAAAUUGGGGAAACCGUCGAAACAGGCGCAGAGUGCUGAGCUUGCGACUGAGUUGAUGAAGACAACGGAGGAGCUUAGGAAGGAGUGGGGAUUAUGAUGAACUUUCUCUUUCUCUUACUUUCUAGUUUUGGUCUGGAUAUUUACUUUCUUCGUCUUUAGGAGAUGUUCAUGGAUUUUGUUUGUUGCUGGAUGUAACAUUAUGCAUUGAAUCUUU